GCUGGAGCACAGGAGCUGGGAAAACUGCUCUGUGCUGGAAGGAGUGGUGCUCUGCUGGCUCUGUCUCCAUGUGAUCCCACUGGUGCUGCUGGUGGCCCUGUUUCCUUCAGGUGUACUCGCCUUUCAAUGAUAUGGACAUUGGUAGUUGGUUACCUGCUGAUGGUUUCAUUCAAGUGGAAUAUAAGCACUGAACGUUACUUAAAAGCAGUCUCUGUCCCUGUCUGGAUCAUGCUGCUCUUUCACUUAGCUUCUGUGGCAGGUUCCUGGAGAAUUCCGGUGUUCCUGGUUAUCGUUGUUCUGAUGACUGUAGGGGUGUUGCAUGACCCGCAGAACGGCAAGGACUCUUCUGGGGCAGAGCUUCCUGGUCAGAUGAUUUCCAUUGCUGCUUCAACAAUUGCCAUGGCAAUUUCGAUGACAGAAGAUGAGUCCAAUAAUGAACGUUCCUCACAACCCUCAGGAGCAACAGAAGGUGAUCAGCCUCCACGCGCUUCAUCAUCUUUCUCCUCUUCAUCCUCUUCUGGGAGCAGACAAAGACCUGAGAUUGGAUCUUUUCUUAGAAAAAAGAAAACUAGUGAUAUCUACUUUGUUACACUUGUGUGGGCCAUUGUCAUUGUCCAGAUCUGGCUAAAUUUCUGGAUUGUGCAGCUAUUGCCGGUGCCUUUUGCAGUUUGGGCACUUAAAAAACUCGUGAUUCAUUUUGGAGUCUUGAACUUCAUGGCAAACCGUUGCAAAAGUUGGUGGCAACUUGUUGAAAAUUUUGUGAAGGAACGUCAGGAAGCUCUUGCUCCACGGCCCAUCAGGGGGCUUGGAAGAGUCAUGCUAAAGCUUGACAGUAAGCUGUGGCACUGGCUUAAUAAGAAGAUGAUCGUGUGGUUGGAGAAAAUGCUAGAUAAAAUAAUCAGCAUUUUCAUAAUAUUUUUGCUAGUGAUAGGAACCCUUCUGCUAGCCCUGCUCCUUACUGCAAAGGUACAUCAAGAGAGCGUUCACAUGAUUCAAGUCACAAGCAGCUUGAUCAAUGAGACAGUAGCCAGUCACCCAGAGUGGGCAAACUGGCUCCCAGAAGCCCAGGUUAUUCAGAAGGCACUUAAUUCAGCAGCUAACAAUGUGUACCAAUAUGGCCGAGAAUGGAUUACGCAUAAGCUCCAUAAGAUUUUAGGAGAAAAAGUGAAUAACACCGCUGUGAUUGAAAAGCAAGUGCUAGAGCUCUGGGACAGGCUUUAUCACUCUUGGUUUGUGAAGAAUGUAACACAUUCAGGAAGACACAAAGGACACAAAUGGCACAUAAACCGUCAAAACAGCUGGCUUGGAGAUAUCCUGGACUGGCAAGAUGUUGCAUCAUUUGUUCACGAUAACAUUGAAACAUUUCUUUCGAUCCUGGAGUCUCUGUGGAUAGUGAUGAGUCGCAAUGUGAGCCUCUUGUUUACUACAGUUACAACAUUAGUGACAAUCCUCUUCCAUAGUGGGACAGCUCUUCUCAAUUUUGUGCUUUCAGUGGUGAUUUUUCUGACCACACUGUUCUACCUAUUGAGUUCCAGUGAUGAGUACUACAAGCCAGUAAAGUGGGUGAUAAGCCUGACACCUUUGUCUCAGCCAGGUCCCUCCUCAAAUAUAGUUGGGCAAUCUGUGGAGGAAGCAAUAAGAGGUGUAUUCGAUGCUUCCCUCAAGAUGGCUGGGUUCUAUGGGCUCUACACCUGGCUGACUCACACUAUAUUUGGGAUUAACAUAGUCUUCAUACCAUCUGCAUUGGCAGCAAUCCUUGGAGCAGUGCCAUUUCUGGGGACAUACUGGGCAGCCAUUCCUGCAGUCCUCGAUUUGUGGCUUGUACAAGGACAGGGAUGCAAAGCCAUUUUGCUCUUGGUUUUUCACCUCUUGCCAACCUAUUUUGUAGAUACAGCAAUUUAUUCAGAUAUAUCAGGAGGGGGUCAUCCUUAUCUGACGGGUCUUGCGGUAGCUGGUGGAGCAUAUUACCUGGGGCUGGAAGGAGCCAUCAUAGGACCAAUUCUACUUUGCAUACUUGUGGUUGCUUCCAACAUAUACAGUGCCAUGUUGGUGAGUCCAACAAACUCAGUGCCCACUCCAUCACAAGCAGCAUGGCCAUUACAGAUUUACCGGUCACCACGAGAGAGUCCUGAGGAGAUGAAAAUGGCUGAAGAGUGAUGAAGGUGCUGUGCUGCAUCUGUUUGACAUGAGAGAGUCGCUGUCUUCUGUCUUGAGUUCCAACAGCCAUGGCCUUCUGUCCUAUUCCAGCUGUGCCUAGGAGCAGCUCACCAGGAAGCAAAGCUUGGGUUUUAGGAGAAACCACUUCUCAAAAAUCUGCUGGCCUUACUGAGCACUUUGCCUCUUCAGGAGAGAAUGUCUACUUCUCAUGGCUUUGCAUCCUAACACACGGUUC